GGAACGCAAGAGCUAGCGGCCGACAUGCGAACGGCAAAACGGAAGCAAACAGCACAGCAGCAGCAGCAGCAGCAGCAGCAGCGAAUACAAGAGGAUGGAAUCAAAAUAGAUACUUUUAAUAGUUUCAUGUUGUAAGGCGUGAUCGUGGAGUGGGGCUCGGGGCGGCCACUUGGUGGCGGCAGCAUUUCCUUCCUUUUCGCGCCUUCCCUGCGAGGAGGGGCGGAAUAUAUUUAUUUGCGGUGGCUACAAGCGGUGGCCGCGUCGCGUCUCGCCAAGCGUUUUGCAAAGCAAAAAGCGCAGUCACAGAUAGAGAGAAGGAGAGAGAGACAGAGAGCGAGAUCGAAGAAGAGAAUAACAAUCGUGGUGUCGUUACAACAAUAUCAGAGAGCUGCAGCGUCUUAAGACAAGCGAGAGAGGGAGAGAUUUGUCUUCGCUAUUAUGCUACAGGAGAUACAGGAGGUACCACAUUUUUUUCCGUUGGCACGAUAGAAAAGGGACCGAAGAGGGAGAGCGAUCAUGGCUGCAUUCAUGUUCAUGGGCGAUCUCGAAUUAGCCUGCUGCUGCAAAACAUCCCCCCCUAUUGGCGUUUUAGAGGGAAACAACCAUCAUUCGUUAUUUGCCCUUCACUAUUCACUGCAGCUCGUUUUCGACCGAGGGGCCCAAUCGAUGUGUGCGUGACACCACAUCCGUUCGCUCUUUUUUUAUGGAUGGAAAGUUUCCAUCCGCGGGGAUAAGAUGAUGUACUAAUUUGUUGAACCGCGCAGCGAAGGUGGGAAGAUUGUUUUUAAUGAAAUUUUUGAUUUCAUCGAUUGACGACAGCCUCAUGGAGCUCUCGGGUUCAAAUUUCGUCACCGAUUACACAUGAUUUGAUGCAUGGUAACGGUUGCCAGGGUGAUGUUAAUUAGCAGUAGGCAAUCGGCAAUUUUGAAGCAGCAGCAGCAGCGCAGUAGAAGGCCGUGACCGAUUUUAGUGCUCCUCUCGAUGAGCUGCCUUUGAUUCGUUAAAAGGUGACAUUCGUGUUUUUUUCCCCCAAUAUUUAAUUCACUUUCUUUUAAGCUUAAGAACUUCUGCGCCACUUGGCAGAACAGGGAAGCGCAAACAGCAAGAAUGUUUGUGGGAGGAGUGUAAAAACUAGAAGGCUCGCAAUGUAUACGAAAUCAUUAUCCUACCCAACAGUAAUUGCUUUGAAUUCCUAAUAAUCAUCUAGACACCGUCGCUCGUUGCUAUCAUCAAUCCCCCUUAUGCUACUCAAUGGUGCGGCGGUGCCCGGAUUUCUUUACACUUCCUGUUUUUGGAAAGUUGUUCCAUUUUAUGUAAAAACACAAACAGUGUGUCAACCCUUUGUACAAAACAGUAUCAGGGGGGCGGGCGCAGGGCGUUGUGAAGGAUAGGGCGCUCUAUCUAUCUAUAGAUGUAUGUAGGUAUGCAAAACAGGUACCGUUUUUAGUUCGUUAAAAUCGCCUAGAUUUAUUAACAUUUAUUUUAGUUAUUUAAGGUUGAUUAAUUUGAUGCGAAUUUCUUUGGCAAAAGCGCGUGUCCAACGUGGCCAGAUAACAGUAGUAGGUGGAAUGGAUGGUGUGCAGAUGAAUCUUGUAAACAGGAAACGAACACCAGAGAGAAAGGCGGAGAGCUCGCGUUACUCGUUACAGAACCACAGAACUACACACCACACACACAUACAUAUUUAUUGUGAUAGGAGAAGCAACCUACUGACUCUAUGAUUAUUGGUGCGUACGCGAAGAGAAGAGCGAGCGCGAAAAUCGCGAAAAAGGAAGUAUAUGAAUAAAAUGAAAUCACUGUUCCCCCCUGGGGGACACUACAUUGAAAACCAAACCAAAAAAACAACCGUCGUGUGUCUUUUUGCAUUGUCUUGUGUCAUCAUUUGCGUGUUGCAGCGCAUUACGGAAAGAAAGAGAUAAUCCUUCUAGCAAGCCAUUCCACACCGUCGUUUGGUUUUGUAUUCGUCCCGAUUCCCUCGCACCCAGUCGUGUGGUGUCAUAACCUCCGGUGUCUCCCCUCUCCUCAGCCUCAGCUCAGUCGACGACGCCAGAUGCUGCAGACGAUGAUCUCUCAAUCUCGAAGCUUGUAGCAAAUCCGCACCGAUUACUGAUUGUGGC